CUGUACUUUGAUGCCCUCGUCUCGAGAGGAGAUUGCACGCGUCAUCCGCGAACGCAACGGCAGCACUCGAGCCAGCGACACGCCUUCGAUCGCCACAGAGGAGGUAGCCACCAUCGUGCGCAAGCUCAGCUUUAGCGGCGCCACCAUGGACGAACAGGAGUUGGAAGAAGAGGGGCAGCAGCAAGACUACGACCAAGUCCAGGAACCGGAACAACAACAACAGGAAAUCAAGAUGGAUACCAGUACGAAUAAGGUGCAGAUUGUUAUUCGCCUCCGACCGCUCGAAGCGGCCACUAACGAGACAGAGCCCGAUUGCUUUCGCGUGCUGUCGGACGUGUCGCUUCUAGCUCAGCCGCCCAAGACGUCUCAGUCUUAUCGCUCCACCGGCACAGCCACAAGCUUCCACUUCUCCCGUAUUUUCCGCCAGGAGACACAGCAAACAGAGCUGUUCGAGGCCACCACGAGGCCCGUGUUGGACGCGGCCUUCGACGGCAAGAGCGGCCUCGUCUUCGCCUACGGAGUCACCAACUCUGGCAAGACUUACACGAUCAGUGGCUCGAGCGAAGCCCCCGGUGUCCUGCCGCAGUCUCUUCAGUACGUGAUGGACGAGCUCCCAAAGCGCAAAGAUGGCGACAAACAACAGGUAACGAAAGUGACGGCAACAUACCUCGAGAUCUACAACGAGAAUGUGUACGACUUGCUGUCGCCUGCGCUUCGGAAGAGAAGGGCGCUACGUGUACAGGACUGUGAUGGCAAAAUCCAAGUACGUGGAGCUGUGGAGAAACCCAUCAAGACGUUGGAGGAAGGUCUGGAGCUUCUGGAAAUGGGAAGACGUCACAAGCAGAUGGCGGAAACCAACUGCAACUCGGACUCGAGUCGCAGUCACUGCGUCUUUACGCUGCAUUUGUACCAUCAGGUAUCGCGUUUUUCCUCGGAGCUACGCAGUAAGGUGUCGAUCGUUGAUCUGGCAGGCUCUGAACGCGGCUCCAAGAGUGGCGCCACGGGGCUACGCAUGCAGGAGGCCAGCAAGAUUAAUGGCUCUUUGAUGAACCUGAUGCGCUGUCUAGAGACGUUGCGGUGGAAUCAGCAACAUCCGCCGAGCUUGCAGAAGAUGGUCCCAUUCCGUGAGUCCAAGCUAGCUCGAAUUUUUCAGGAGAAUCUUGUGGGCAACGAUCACGGCCCGCUGGUGAUGAUUGUGGCGGUGAAUCCGUCCAGUCACGAGUUUGAUGAGACUUUGCGCACCCUGAAAUACAGUGCUGUAGCACGCGAGUUAGUAAGGACACGUACGUCCAUCCCUAGGAAAGCUGCACCGACAGCUACGUUUUACGACCUUGAUGGUCGACUGAAGAAGAGAAAGCGACAGUCGACGGAAGCACAAGCACGUCAAGUAUCGAAAGCGCCCGUUGAUCGAGGUCAGCCAGCGACAACAACUACUGCUUCUUCACCGCCCAGGCCUAAGGCCAAGCAUCGAAGGAGUGACUCUGCACGUCGUCGGCAUCGCUCGCUCGCAGGUUCCGUUGUAAAGCCGCCAACAGCGGAGGUUGCGACGUCACCGAUGGAGUCACAAAGAGAGGUCACGGAAAGGAACUUGCAUUGGGUAUGUAUGGUUUGGUAUGGAUGGCUGUCGAUGGUGAUGCUUAUUAAGCUUUUUAUGCACCCAGGCCAAACUCGAACUGGAGAACGAGGAACUCCGACAGCAGCUCGCACAGACUGA